UUUGCAAAGGAAAAACUUAUGGUCAUUCAUUACCUUGAGCAAUCUAAAAGUAUAUGUGGUACAGCAAGAAAAAAAAAAGCCAAUUUUCCUGAGCUUGAAGAAGGUUUGGCAGCUUGGAUAAAGAAACUCGAGAUCAAC